AUGUCGCAGCUGCCGGAAGCCGUGGAGUCUGAAGUGGAGCUUGUGAAGGCCAUCUAUGGGGACGAAGCUGUCGAUGUCAAUCUGGAUCGGGAUGCUGUGGUUCUUGUCGACCUCCAGCCCCGGGUGGGCCAAGGGACGGCCCUCGUUUCGGCAACUGUGGCACUGCGCCUCCCCGAUGGCUAUCCCGGCCAGGCCAUGCCUGAGGUGUGCGUGGAGCGGUCCAGAGGCCUAACAGACUCAGGCCUGGCGAGCCUUUUGUCAGCUGCCAAGACCUUCCUGCAAAGCAACGGUUUGGCCGAGGAGGGCUGUCUUUGUCCACUUCUGGAGGAGGUAAGCGAGGCUCUUGACCAGGCCAACGACGAGAGUGAGUGCCUGAUCUGCUUACAGGUCUGCGGCAGCGUCACAGAUGCCAGCGUCGUCCAUGCUCCCUGUGAUCAUGUCUUCCAUGCCACAUGCCUUGGUCGAUGGGCGGAGCUCAAGAUUUCGGAAGCCCGCGAGGCAGCAGCGGACAAGACGCAGAGCCUUUGA